AUGGAAUCACCCAAUGCAAAUAAUCUGGGAUCACCACCAGAAUACAUAUCUCAACCACCACCAAAAUAUGUAUCUAGACCGUCAUCGUCGUCAUCGUCAGUAUCAGAUCAAGAAUCAGAUAUUCACAACCCACCACAAAAAGCCAGCAAUAAUCAAUUAUCGACUUGCUGUUCUGAUUGUUGGUGUAAUUGUUUUAAUAGUUGUUCUGGCACCAAUUGUACUGCUUCUGAUAAAAAUAUUUGUGGCAGCAUACUAGUUGUUUUGUGUUGUGGAACAUCAGUCGGUUAUGCUACUAAUGGUUGA